AUGAAGAAGAUCUCAAAGAGAAGACAAGAGAUUUUUAGAAAGAUGUCAGAAGCAGCAUGCAGCAGUACCGCAGAAGUAAUGGACAGGCUGCCGUCAAAAGAGGAAAAUCGAAACAUAACAGAGACACUGAGGGGCAAAGUAAGAGAGAAACUAAAAAAUGCUAAGAUCAGUCAAAGUGAAAAGUCUUCAGCUGAGCCGCUCACUGAAACAAAGAUUCAUCGAUGGUCUAAGACUGAAGUCUUGCUGGAUGAAGGUCUGUCAUUUUUCAUCCUGAGUGGGGAAGAAGCCUCAGCCACAAGCCGGUCUUCACAGCAGAAAACAGUAAGUGAUAGUUACUUCGAACACUCUGCAUUUGGUGGCAGUUUACAAAGUGUUGCCGAAGGCCAAGAUGAGGAUUUUAUGGAAGAAGUAAUUUUAACAGAUUUAAUUGAGAUUAAAGCUGCGGAAUGUGAAGAUAAAGAACAGAUAAAAAACCAAGAGGCAUGUAUUUUUGUGCCAAGUAGUUCUCCAGUGGCCAGCCAGCAUAAGCUGCCAAAAGGCAUGAUGCCUCGAAUCUUAGAAGAUGAAGGAUUUUACAUUAAGAAAAAGCCAGAGACGUAUAAAAAGAUGUGCAACAAAAUGGAAAAUCGUCUGCUCAGCUUACAGGAGGGAAAAUGCUGGUUUGAAGAAAGUGGAGAAAUAAUGUCCUUACCUUCACCUAUUAGGCAGUCUUGGAAUUUUAGGCUCAGCACGAGCAAGGAAUCCUUGAACCCAGCACUAAAGACUAUACAUAAGAAGGCAGUGAAAUCUGACCUGGGAUGCUGUUUUAGGAGCAGAAUGGAUGGUCAAAGGGAAAUGUACCAAUUAGAUCUUAACAUCGUGGGCUUGCAGUUCAGCCACCACCCGCUCUUCAAUCAAGAACAAGUGCUCUGUGCCAGGCUGCUGCAGCUCUGCGAGUCUCUUCAGGACAGGCAGAAGCAGAGCUUAUCUCAGCUGCUCUAUGAGAAGCUGAAAGCACUGACAGAAGCUACCAAACUAGCAAGUGAAAACCCAGAAAUAAAUCAGCUUACCAGAAAUUCGUUACAAGAUUAUUAUUGGCAGAUAAGUGACACAAAGCAGCUGUAUGACGCAGAAAGGGAAAAGGACCACUCUCUGCUGCACAGUGUCUUACAGACUUGGAAACAGAUGAAAUCUCUCCGGCAAAAGCAAGGAUUUACAAGCACCCCAGUAAAGCUACAGUUUCAUAGGCUAAAAAUGAGCACGUGGGAUGAGCGGAGCCAAGCAGGAAGGACAGAAGUAUCUGGGGAAGAAAGUGAAGACACUCCGGUUCAGAACGAAGACACGCGGGAGGAGACUCUCCCCCUUCCAGCUUCAGACCUCGAAGGCAUGGAAAUUGAAAGGACAAAGCCAAUCACUCUGGUGCCACAACUUUCUUUCACAGCAGAAUUAACAAACCUAUCCAAGUGUUCACUAUAUGAGCAAAAGAGGAGAGCCAAAAUUCAGAAGCUUAAAUAUUUUAUCAAAAUAUUUUACAAUGGCAAACAGGUUUCUUGCACUUCAGUAUCUCCCCUACAGUUUGAUUUUAAAGUUAUGUUUCAACAAAUUUUUAACAUUCAGCUGAUAUACUGGCCUGAAACAAUUUGCUUGGAGGUUUAUGAGAUAAGUAAAAGAGAAAGUUUACUGGUUAAAUUAUAUCUGCCUUUACCUAACAAGACAGAGCUGAAAGGAAAGACUGUCCUGGAAUAUACAGAAUUUAGUUCUGAUAAACUGGUCAUACCUAUGGAUGGAGGCGUAGGAAGCAAUGUGCCUUUUAAUCUUGAGGGAAGUGACAAUGAAGAACUUUGCCUUUUGACCUCAGGGAAACUUAGCUAUUCUCUCUCAUGGGCUUUAGAUGAAAAUGGAAUCCCCCUGACACCCGUGUCGCAGUCGCUGAGAUCAGCAUACUGUAGUGUGCUAAGGAAUGUUGACGCGAGAGGUGUUCCUGGACUCCCAUGGAUCAUGAACUCACAAAAGCUUUGUGACUGGGCAGAUGACGUCAGGAUUGAUCCAAAUAAUCCGGAGUAUUCAGAUAUAACAGAACUUAUAAUGUAUCUGAGGCACAAAGGACAGGAAAUUCCAAAAUAUUUCCGUCUCGAGCAGUUGCAGGAUGAAUUUAACUUUGUGUCUGAGGAAGAAAUGAGAAGAAGCAAACGCUUCCAGCUGUUGCAGCUGAGAAACGCAGGCCAGCUAGAUCUCUUCCUCCUGCAGCAGAUGCCUCUCUAUGACAAAGAGAUCCCGGACGUAGUCUUCCAGGAGUAUGAAAGUCAGGCUCAGAAGGAUAUCUCCACUUCAGAUGUGAACUCCAUUACUGCGCAAAGAAUCAAUUCUGUCAAUUUUCUAAGAAAGAUGAGGAGGUUGAUAAUGAAGAGACUCAUCAAAGUCAGCAAGUUUAGCUUAUCGGAUAUCGUGGCUGACUACGAAGAAAUUGUAUCUACAAGCCAGUUGACAGAUGCAAUUUGUAAAUUCAUUGAACCACGAAGGAAGUUAAAACCUCAGAGGAAAGAAAGAAGAAAAGUCACAGCACAGAGCGUCUCCGACGGAGAUAUCAAGAUUCUUGUCAGGAUCCUGAGGGCCUAUAACAUUCCCACCAGAAAAACAGCAUCUUAUAGAUCUUUGAGCAUGCCUACUUACCUGAAGUCAUCCAUGUCUCACCUCAGACAUCAAGAGACAGCCAAGUCCGUGGCCUCGAACGACACCUUAAAUGAGGAUACUGUGCACCCUUUCAUAGAAGUUUCUUUUCAACACACUGUAUAUCAAACCAACACUGCAAAUGGAUCUCACCCAUGCUGGAAUGAAGAAAUCAAGGUAGAUUUUAUCUCAGCAGGACAUGAUUACAGCUUCUCUAGUUUGUCUAAGAUGAAGGAGAACAUAUGCAUCAAUGUUUUUGAUGAGGUGGUGAUUGAAAAACAUGAGGACCACUGCCUCAAGAGCUGCAGUGCUCACUCGUACAUACAGAAGAACUGGCUGGGCUCCGUCAGCUUCCCCUUCUCAGCGCUGCUGCAACAGUCUGAGAUUACCGGGACAUUCCGAGUGAACAUCCCACCCGUUUUGCUUGGGUACACCUGGAGUAACACUUACGUUCCUCCCAAAGAAGACUGCAGUGGGCAGAGCCCAAAAGAAUGCACUUUUCUAAAUAUUUUUGCCACAAUCGAACCUCAGAUAUCAUAUGUCACAUACAAUCCGAAACUAGAUGAGUUUUCAGGUCAAAUAGACAUUUUGCAGCAAGCACAGACUUUCACCAGGAACUGUAAGGCCAUGUUUCCCAGCCGAAGAGUCGUGGCGACCGUUUUUAAUGGAGAAGGGAUGCAAAUCUUAGUCACAAGAUACAUCAAGGCCUUGAAUCCACCUCAGCAGCUUCUGGAUAUAUUUCUUCAUGAUUCGAAUGCAACUCUUGACUGCAUUGCCCGAUUUGUAUCUUUGAUUCCUUUUACGGCAGAAACACUGGAUGAAAAUGACAGUUUUGACAUAUGGAUGACAUCAGAGUGCUGCAUUAAUCUGGCUACUGGAAAUAGAGAGGAGCACGCCAUACUUCUCUGUAAUUUCUUUCUGUACUUUGGAAAGAAGGCAUCGGUGAUCCUGGGGACCUCAGUGCUAGAAGGGCAUGUGGCUUAUGUAUUGACUCAAGAAACUGGAGAGUGUUUGCUCUGGAACCCAGCAACAGGGCAGUGUCAUAAGCAGUUUGACCCAUUUUGUCCUUUGCAAAGUGUGGAUUGUUUGUUCAACGACAAAAAUGUCUGGUUUAAUAUUCAACAAAACAAUGCACCUAUGGCUGUGCAUUUUGACUACUCAAAAGAAAGCAUCUGGAAACAGUUACUUCCAAAAAACUCUCAGGGGACCAAAGCCCAGAGUAUACAGCCUGAGGAAAUAGUUUAUUCUGAUACCAAUAAAGGCAUGGUAGAAGAUCUAAAGAGCAGGAUAGAAAGGGCGCUAAAAUGUAAAAUGAUGGAAUGGCGACCUAAACAGCCAACGCGCUGGAAUCGACAGUGCACUGCUAUUUUGCGACAAAUCCUUCCUAAACUAGAGUUUUACAUGGGAAAUUUUGUUUCAUUUGAAGACAGUGAAUUGGAAAGGCUGCUACAGUUUUACUGGGUCACAGGAUUUCCCAUCCAGAUGCCGUACACAGAUGUCCAGGCCGUCAUUGAUGCUGUGUACCAGACUGGGAUUCACUCUUCUGAAUUUCCCCAGACGGAAUUUGCUCUUGCUGUGUACAUUCAUCCAUACCCAAACAACAUUUUAUCUGUGUGGGUCUAUUUGGCUUCCUUAGCCCGACAUCAGUGAAACAGAAAAUGGAAAGGGCAAAGAAUACUACGGUGUCCUAGACUCAAGCUUUCCUGACACCUUGAUGCUAAUUUUCAAGUUCAUCAAUGCUGGGCAUGACUUAGAUUCCUGUGUAGAGGUGGGAACUAUGGAUACCGCAUCAGCAACCCUUCCCUAGCCUUUGAUGAUGAGU